AUGUUAGCAACAACUUCACCAAACUCUUUAGUCAUGAAUCCAACAUCUAUGUUAGUAGAGAUGAAAAGCUUCAUUCCUUCUUCAUAUACUUUCGAAACAGAAAUCCAGAAGAUAAAGCAAGAACUUCUCCAAGGAGAUUUAGACUGUAGUGCGAAAGAUGAAACAAAUGAACAGUAUCUUUAUGAAAUGCAGGACCUGGUGGAACAUCUACCUAAACUUCCUGAAAUACAACAACAAAAGCUCACUAUUCCUGAAUUCGAUGAAAUAGAAGUGAAACCAACUGACUCGGUAGAAAUAAAGAAGUUCAUUCGUAAGGUAAACUAUGAGUUUCUUGGAUUUCAUUGCAACCACAAAGUCAUGGACAAAGAUUGCGACAUGGUAUAUUUCAUUGACAUAUAUAAAUCUGAAGAAUUUAAGACCUACGACAACUUUGUUUCGUUAGUUGCAAAAUGUGUAUGGCAGAUAAGAGAUAAAGAUAGAAGAGGUAAAGUAUGGAACGGACAAAUAAAACCCGCAACUUUUGAGUUAAAGAAAACCAUUUACGCCUUAGUUGUUUUAGCAGGUAAGGUUUCAAUGUACAAUGCUAAAAUGAACCCACAAUGUUCAAAAUGUAAAGCAGCAAUGAAGAAAUAUAACUACUCCGUCAAAGAGA